AAGAUUCACAGACAGUUGGAAAACACCGGUAAACGAAGAUGUUCAAGUCCAGUAUACGCAGACUCGAGAGCGGGGCUCUUCCAUUUAAAACUUUCCAAAGAAACAUUGCCAUGAAGGGGGACGUUCAUUUAUCAUCAAGAAGGGUCAUGAAGAAGAUUGAAAUGGGUAAAUCAAGGCCAACCAUAUUUCACCAAUUUGAGACUUUGGUUGAACUAAGUGAUGGUUCUGUUAUUAAAAGAAGAUCACAAGCACCUAAGGAUGAAAUCAGAAUGAUCAGUGAUCAAAGAAAUAAUGUUUUGUGGAAUCCUAAUAGAUCUGAUAUAGUUAAUAUUGAUCCAAAUACUACUGGUAGAGUUAAUAAAUUUAAACAAAGAUUCUCUGCUUUUGAAACUAAGGAAGACAAACCGGAUGCCAAAGCAGAAGCAGCUUCUCCUACUAAUAAAUACGAAAACGAUGAUUUCAUUGAAUUAAUGGGCCAUGACGUUAAAGAAGCCCCUAAGGGUCAACUUGAACAGAAAAAUCGUGGUGGUAAGAAGAAGUAGUUGAUAAUAUUUCAAACUCUUGUACAUAAUGAUUCUCCUUCCUGUAAAUUAC